GUUCAAUGAACCGCUUAUCUGAACAACACACCCACUUUUUACAUGGUUGGAGGAGAGAGAGGGGAGGGAAUCGGGAUUAUAUAAAUCGCCUUGGUUUCCUCAUAUUUCUUGUGCAAGGCAGUCCUGGAAUUCUUGGUUUAUUCCUACACCAAAUACUUUAAAUUAAGUAGGCUACCAGCUAGUUUACAAAAUGAAAACUUUCACAAAAAUCUUUUUAGCUAGUGUAGGUGUUGUUUUCCUAGCUGUCAAGUGGACUGCACCCAGUUUUCAUGCAGAAUCUCUCAGAGGUGCCAGGGUAUUGGUGACUGGAGCCAGUACGGGUAUUGGUGAACAAAUGGCAUAUCACUAUGCCCACUUUGGUGCCCAGAUAGUAAUAACAGCAAGGAGGGGCAAAGUAUUACAACAGGUGGCAGAAAAGUGCCUGAGUUUGGGAGCCCAGAAAGCUCACUACAUAGCAGCAGACAUGACCAGUGAGUCAGACCCUGACAAAGUGAUAGAGUUUGCUCUGGACAAGCUGGGAGGUCUGGAUUACCUGGUUCUCAACCACAUUGGCCCAAGCCCCUUCAGCAUGUGGGAGGGAGAUGUGGAACACACCAGGUGGCUGAUGAAGGCCAACUUCUUCAGCUAUAUUCAGAUGGCAUGGAAAGCUCUGGCCUCCCUUGAACAAAGUAAAGGAUCACUAGUGGUUGUUUCAUCACUUUUAGGUAAAAUGCCCAGUCCCUUCGUGGCACCAUAUACCUCAACAAAAUUUGCCUUGAAUGGUUUCUUCGGGUCCCUUCAGCACGAGUUGGCUAUGAAGAAGAGCAAUGUGUCCAUCUCUAUAUGUACACUGGGGCUCAUUGAUACUGAUUCAGCUAUGGAGAAAGUCAGGGGAGUCACUAACGUACCAGCCUACCCUGCCACAGAUGCAGCCAAGAACAUCAUCAUUACAGGAGCAACAAGACAGUCAGAGCUCUUCUACCCUUGGUUCACCCAGAUUUUGACUCUCACCAAAGACUGGUUCCCUUUCAUCACAAACUACAUCAUCCAAAACUCCUACAACUAUAAUGCAUGAAUAAAAUUUAUAUCUAAUACCAUUA